AUGACCGACAAAGUUGAAGAAUGUACCAGCGACUAUAGAGAGCCAUACGUCAAGCCUGUGAACUGGCUUCACAAAUUAGACAAACUAGGAGUGGAAGUCAGAGGUAUUGAACGGGUAUCGCCGGAGGAGAGAGAGCUAAUGAAGCACCUGAAAAAGUACGCCAUUGCCCGUCAGUUUGUUGAUAUUUUCGGCUUAUGGUUUGCUGCUUGUGGUGGGUUAACCUCCAUGUCUUCGUUUUUUCUUCCCACUCUACUUUUUGGUCUCAAUUUACGAGAUGCCCUCAUCAGUGGAAUUAUAUCUUUAAAUUUUGGGUGCUUAGUACCGGCGUACUGUUCUAUCAUGGGACCCAAAUCAGGAUGUCGUCAGAUUGUCAGUGCCCGUUUUGUGUUUGGGUUUUGGGGUGUGAAACUUGUGGCUAUAGUUUGUGUGGUUGGACUUGUGGGUUGGUCUGUGGUAAAUUGUGUACUUGGAGGCCAGAUUUUGGCUGCUUCGUUUGGGGUUAGCUUGGAUGUGGGGAUAGUGGUAGCUGCUGUUUGUGCUCUUGUUAUUUCGAUUUUUGGAAUCAAAGUGUUGCUCAGAUUCCAAACCGCUUUUUCUAUUCCUAUCACCAUUGCAAACAUCUUAUUUUAUAUUGUGGUGUUGAAAAAUGCAAAGUACAUCGAGCCCAGUAAUGAGUUGAUUGCUGAGCAGGGAUACUCUUCGUUGACUUCGAGAGGUAACUGGCUUUCGUUUUUCACCAUUGGAUUCUCGGUGACAGCUACCUGGGGUGGAGCGGGUGCUGAUUAUUAUAUCCACAUUCCUGAAAAUACGCCGUCUUGGCAAGUUUUUACCGUGACUUUCUUGGGAAUUGCUGUUCCUACCACGCUUGUGGCGGUAGUUGGAAUAUACUGUGGUGCCAUAGCCUACGGGAACCCUGCAUGGACUGAUGUCUACAAUACUCAAGGAGUAGGAGGCCUUAUUAACGUUCCCUUCGAGCCUUGGGGCCGGUUUGGCAAGUUUGUGGUGGUGGUUCUCUAUAUCUCAUUGAUCUGUAACAAUAUCAUGAACUCAUACUCAGGAGGAGUUGAUCUCCAAUUAAUUGAUAGAAGAAUGGCCCGUAUUCCCCGGUGGUGUUAUGCCAUUCUUGUCACUGCUAUUUAUUUGAUCUUAUCAUUGCUAGGGAAGAACAAGUUUUCAGCCAUCAUUUCCAACUUUUUACCCAUGCUUGGCUAUUGGAUCUCCAUAUAUAUUGCCAUUUUAUUGGAAGAGAAUCUCAUAUUCAGAGCACCGGCUACCAGACACUUACAUUCUCGAGAAUUCGAAGAUGAUCGGGACGUGGAGCUGUACCUGUAUAACUGGCCGGUGUGGGAUGAUCCUACUCGGAUUACCUAUGGGUUGGCUGCAAUGGGUGCUUUUGCAGUUGGGGCAGUUGGAGCUGUGGUAGGUAUGAACCAAGUAUAUUGGCAAGGUCCAAUUGCUAGACAAAUAGGGGACUACGGUGGAGACAUUGGGUUUUUCUUGUGCUUUGGCUUUGCCGGUGUGGCUUAUCCACUUCUUAGGUUUUUAGAGUUAAAAUACUUGCAAAAGUGA